AUGGCAACAAAGACGAUAAAUAUAACUAAAUUAUAUCACCCGGUUAAAGCAAUCAUUGGGUUUAGAGCAUCGAGUGAUAUGUGUAAUCCAUUCUUGGCAGAGUAUGAGAAGAGUUCGGUUACACAGAGUUUAAUGUGUUCGAUCGUCUAUCCAAAAUCAGAGAUUGCCAAGCGAUUCCAAGCAGAGUACAAUCUCACCGACGACAAGUUUGAUACGCUUCGCAGCAAUAUCGAUGCUGUUGGAGGCCGUAUUAGAAAGUUGAAAUUUGAUUUUGGAUCGACUCAUCGUCGUGACUAUUGGGCCAUGUUUCUCAAGAAAUUCUAUCCUGGCACACAACAAACACUCAAUCAAAUGGCCAAGGAUGAAGACGAGUACUUGAAAGUCCAGAAAAUAUUGGAGCAAUGGUGUCUCGAAAACAACAUAAAGGUUCAAUUCCCAAAGGUUCAAGGUGAGAUCCCUUGGGUUUUUGAACCUGAUCACGAGUAUAGAAUAAUCCAAAAAGAAGUAGUAGAAGGAGAAGAAGGAGAAGAAGGUGAAGGUGAAGGAGAAGGAGAGGGAGACAUUAAUGAACAACAACAAGAUGGACAACAAUUUGAAAGAACCGAAAAUGAAAACAGUGAUCACACAUCUCUUCGAUAUGGAAAAAAGACAAGAGACUUUGCCUCCCAUAAGAAACCUUAUGGUGCUGAUGCUGGUUACCAUGAUAGCUACAAUCCAUAUAUCAAGAGAGAUAGAUAUCAACAAAGAGGAGAAAAGUCUGAAGACAAUAAUAAUAAUAAUGAACAAGUUGAAAGAGACGGAAAUGAAUAUAGUCAAAAGAAAUUAAAAGACUUUGUAUUUAUAAAGAAUAGUGAUCGAAAACCCUAUAUCCCAAAGAGGGAGAGAUAUCAACAACAAAAAAACAAUAAUAAUAGUGGCAGUGAACCAACUCCAUUUGAAAAUAAGGAAUAA